UGCGCAUUUUUCAAAAAGUGGGACAAAUGUCUUGAACAGCUGCGAGUAACUGGCCCAUCUGUAUGACUGGACAACAAUAAAACAAAAACAAUGAAGAAAAACCUACUACAGGCAUUUUGCAUGUUGGCAGUCAUCGUGGGGACAGGCGUUGGGUUUUUUCUAAGAAACACAGUUCGUCUAUCGGAAAACAUGAAGAAAUGGGUGGGCAUACCAGGGGAACUGCUAAUAAACAUGCUAAAGAUGUUUUCUGUAUCUCUCAUCGUGACAAGCGUGGUUGCAGGAGUAACUGGAUUAAACACCAAAGUGUCCAAGAAAACAGCUUUGAUCACAGGAGCCUUCAUCUGUGGCUCUACCAUGAUAGCCGUAAUUGUCGGACUAUUUCUGGUUCUCACAUUCGAACCUGGUAGGGAAGAACAUGAAACAGACCUUGACAAAGGCCGUGAGUCAAAUGCCGUCUUGCACGUGAUCAUGCAGGAUCUUAUAAGGAAUAUGGUUCCAGAGAGCUUCUUCCAGGCUUUCUAUGAGCACUACAAGACUGAGAUUGUUGAAAUUAAAAAUGAAAAAUCUGGCCCCGAAUAUGAUCACACCUCGAAUGAAACUGAGAUAAAACUAAUAGGUGGGUACGUUGAUGGACCCAACAUGAUAGGACUGGUCAUCUGGUCAUUCACCAUCGGCGUCCUGUUGAGCGCUGUUGGACAGGAGGCAAGAACCACUGUGGAGAUCAUUCAAUGCCUCAAUGAUGCCAUAAAAAUCAUAGUCAACUGGAUCUUGUGGUACUUGCCAAUCGGAGUUCUGUUCCUGAUCACAAAACAUGUGGUGGAUGUGCGUGACUGGGGCAUUGUCUUUAAGCUCACAAAGUUUAUAGGAGUGGUUCUUGCAGGACAAGCAAUCCAAUCCCUCAUUAUUUUCCCCACAUUGUAUGCCAUUAUCGUCAGACGGAACCCUUUUAACGUCAUCAGGCAGAUCUCUAAGGCUUUGACGACAGCAUUUAUCAUCGCUUCCAGCGCCGCCGCUCUGCCUAUCACCUUGCAAUGCUGUGAAGAGAACUUGAAGGUCAAUACGAAACUCUGCCGCCUUAUGUUGCCCAUUCUUACCAGCAUCAAUAGAAAUGGAAUGGUGGUCUAUGAAGUGAUCUCUGCCGUCUUUAUGGCCCAGCUUCAUGAUAUCUCUCUGGAUGCCGGCCAGCUGAUCGCCAUUGGCUUGACAGCUUCCAUUGUCGCCUUUGGAACUGCAGGGACCCCAUCAUCAGGAGCUUUGAACUCUAUCCUGAUUCUGACAGCUGUGGGACUGCCUGCAGAUCAUGUUGGCCUUCUCAUUGGGGUGGAGUGGAUUCUAGACCAUUUCAUGACCGUGGUGAAUGUGAUGGUAAAUGUCUUUGGUGUUGCUAUCACCAAUCAUCUGUGGUAUAGCAACCGGAAAAACAUAUCAAGCACUGAUGGGGUUUCUGCAAUUCAGAACAUGGAACUGGACUUAUCCGUUUUGGAUUCUGAUGACGAUUUCGUCCCCUCCACCUCUUCCUCCAUCUCAACAUCCAUCUUAUCUAGGAAAGGGAGUCAUGUCAGAACAUAGUGACACCAACAAGCUGAAACCUCAGGAUAGGGAUGUCAUCAUCCUGGUGUAUUUGAGCCGAUCAUUUCCUUGUUUGCUUCUGUAUUUUUUGGGAAGAUGGUGCCAUAUUUGUUUAUUCAUGUUUUUGUUUCUAUUUUUUGCUGUUCUUGCAAAUAUGAGAUGAUCUACUCAUAUAUCCAUAUUUUAUUGAUGUUUAAUUUAGUUAGUAAGUCUAACUGUUGUUAUGUGUUUGAAUAAAAUAGAUCUUUGCUACAAUAGA